UGUAAUUUGUAAAGACGAUAGCUCAAAUUCUACUGUGCUUUAUUCAACAAAUUGGUUUUUCAUUUUAUUGGAGCGAAAGUUGUUGUGAGCAAUGCAAGACACCCACUCGAUCGGAGGUGGCCGUAUAUUCAGCGGCGGCGGAGGAUUCGGUUACGGCAGGUUACGGCCGCAGCACCACCAAGCACUCGAGUGUCCCCGCUGCGACUCUCUCAAUACAAAAUUCUGUUACUACAACAACUACAACCUCUCUCAGCCACGUUAUUUCUGUAAGAGCUGCCGUCGUUACUGGACGAAAGGUGGCGUACUUCGAAACGUCCCCGUCGGCGGCGGCUGUCGUAAAGCCAGGCACUCGAAAAUCAAACCAUCCGCAACCAUCACAGUUGCCGCAGCCGCUGUACAGCCACAGCUCCUCCAGCAGCAACACUGUAAUCAACUUAAAGAGAAUACUCAUUCCUGCAGCAAGAGUUACAGUCUUACCGCAGACAAUUUUAACGUACCAGCGACGAAUAACAAUAAUAUCUCCGGCGGCAGCACCGUCGAAGCGGCGCCGGCGAUAACGUCUCAUUCGAGCUUGAUAAAUGCAAGCGAUUCGAAAUUUUACGAAAAUCCUAAUGAUUUAGGGUUUACGGAGAUGGAGAGUUUUACGAGCUUGAUCACUUGGUCGAACAAUGAAACGGUGCCGUUUGGCUUCGGUAAUGUAUUCAGUGAGCAAGGACAAUGGCAGCAACUGCAACAGCAGCCAAAAACGGUGAGCACGGGAGUGGAGGAACUCACAAUGGGAUUGCUUGAUCCAACGGUAGAUAUUGAGUUAGCAAAUUUGGAUAAUAGAUCUAAGGGUGAAGAUUAUGGAGGAUUUCGACCGUUGGAUUGGGAAGGGAGUGGAGAUCAAGGGACGACUUUGCUUGAUCUUUCUAAUGGAAGUUUUGAUCAGACGUAUUGGAAUCAAAAUCAGUGGGCUGAUCAAGAUCCUCCUACACUCUAUCUCCCGUAAAUUAUAUCUUUUACCCUCUUAAUUUCCUUAAAAGUUAUUUAUUAACUACACAAUUUUAAAAAAAAUUAAAAAAUACCAUAAGUACAUAUUUUUUAUAUUUAGUAUUUGGUCCAACUUUUAUUUAAAAUAAUAUUUAAUUUUAGAAUUUAAAAUAUAAAUUUAAUUAUUAAUGUUAUUAAAAUUAUUUUGUUAAAUUUAGAUUUAUUAUAAAUCAAUUUCUUUGUUACAUGAAUAACAAAUGAUUUAUUUUUAUGAUAAAUUUACCAUUUGAUUCCUUAAAUUUUUACGAAAUUACAUGUUAGUAUAAUAGUAAAUUGCACUACAAUUCCCAAUAA